AUGGUUAAAAUUUGCGUUAUCGGUGCCGGGGUCAACGGUCUAACUUGUGCAUUGAAAAUAAAGGAAAAAUAUAAAGAUUUCGAUGUGACGAUAUUUUCGGACGAAUUCACACCAAACACUACGGGAGACGGUUCCGGGGGACUGUGGUAUCCCUACCUAUGCGGUGAUACAUCCCAAGAAAACCUAACAAAAUGGGGAAUCGAGACGUACAGCUUCCUUUACGACCUGUGGUACACGGGAGGCAAGCAUAUCUCUCUGAUGCCGAUGUACGAACUGUACAGACAGAAGAAGCAACUGUCGCGCCCUCUGUGGGCUGACUUGGUGUUUGGCUACAGGGAGUUGGAUAUGAGGCAGCUCGACUAUUUAAGUACGAUGCAUUCCGUUGAAUAUUCAGCCGGUCGAACAUUCACGACCUUCGUAAUACAAGCGCCAAAGCUUCUGGAAUAUCUCUAUAAGCGUUUCAAAGACGCCAACGGCGAGGUAGCGACGGCUAAGAUCACCUCGUUGUCAGAUCCAUUACUGCAAGAGUUCCGUGUCAUAGUCAAUUGUACAGGACUGCGGGCAAGGGACGUGGUGCCCGACACCAGAGUAUUUCCUAUACGAGGACAGAUAGCAAGGGUCAAAGCUCCGUGGCUGAACUACACCAUUGUGGACGAGGAUAGCGGGCACUAUAUAAUACCAAACGACGCAAUUUGUGUCUUAGGGGGGACCCAUCAAAACAACGACUAUAGAACAGAAAUCGACGCUGGCAAUACAGGGUUCAUAUUAAACGGAUGCCGGCAAAUGAUACCAAGUUUAAAGUCAGUUGAAGUAGUAAAACAUUGGGUGGGUCUGCGGCCUGGUAGAGACGAGAUCAGACUGGAAGCGGAAGAGAGAAAGGGCAAAAUAUAUAUCCACAAUUACGGGCACGGCGGCAGUGGCCUGACGCUGUUCUGGGGUUGUGGCGAGAACGUUCUGCAACUGUUGGAGCAGAACUUGGGCUCAAUCAAACCACAUGAUGCAAAGUCAAAACUU